AUGUCGACAAUGGCUGCCAGAAGUUUGAAUUUAUCGAUUCUUCCAACUGGGUUUAUUAGUACUUCAAAAACCCAACAAAGCUUCAACUUUCUUUCUUUUUCUUCUCCUCCAGGUUUCAGAGCAAUCAAAAACAAAAAGCUUUCAUCAUUUUCUACCAGAGUAAUGGGCUCUUCCUCCUCUUCCCAGAAACCAGAUGGCAUCAAAGAGGCUGGCACCGUCGAUUACAAAUCUUUAAGCGAUGAUGAAUGGAAGAAGCGGCUCACGGGAGAGCAGUUUUAUAUUACCCGUCAGAAGGGCACUGAGAGAGCUUUUACUGGUGAGUAUUGGAACACCAAAACGGCAGGGCUAUACCACUGUAUAUGUUGUGACACACCUCUGUUUGAAUCAUCUACUAAAUUUGACAGUGGAACUGGUUGGCCAUCAUAUUACCAACCUAUUGGUGAUAAUGUCAAAUCCAAGCUAGACCUUUCCAUCAUUUUCAUGCCUAGAGAGGAAGUUCUUUGUGCUGUCUGUGAUGCUCAUCUGGGCCAUGUAUUUGACGAUGGACCGCCGCCAACUGGAAAACGUUACUGCAUCAAUAGUGCGGCACUGAAAUUGAAGCCAGAUAAGUGAUGAUGAAGAUAUUACCAUACCUGCCUGCAAAUUAUGUAACUGAAACCCGUACUCAUUACAUGUUUGUGCUUAUAAACUGAGGAUUCUCGAGAGAUGUACACGUUUAUUGGGCUGAAUGAAAAUAAUUGUAUUGGGCUGUA